AUGGUCGAGCUCAGCCGAGUCGUUGGUGGCGCCGUAGAGGACAGCUAUACCGUGCAAGACAAGGUCCAGGAACCGGAGCUGGACCCUACCAUGAUUCUCGAAGACGAGCUCUUCGCCGUAGAGGCAUGGGAAUCCUGCAUUCUUUGCGGCGAUUCGGACGACACUCACGAACUCAUGUAUUGCGACUCAUGCGAACAAGCUGUCCAUGUCUUCUGUGCCGGCUUUGAUGAUGCACCUGUGGAAUGGUACUGCGAGGCUUGCUCAAACUCCUUGGGCACCUCUACUCGAAGACGACCACGUAGACUGGUUAGACGAAACCGGCGCGGCAACGACACUGUCUGGGCACGCGUAUGGCAGGAGGUAUCCCGUCGACUCGACCUUGAUCUCGACUUCCCCUUUGAUGACGAGGUCACCGAGGAGCGAACGCCUGCACAGCGCCGGGAGCUUUUGCACUGGGAGCGACGGCUUGGCGUCGCCCAGCAACAAGGGGCUGCCACUGAAAGACUGCGCGACAUUGCUGCUGGCAGGGUUGGUCAACAGGCUCGGGUCGAGCCCAAGCCCGAAUCGCAAGAGGAGAUACGGGCGUGGAAUGCUUUCGACAAAGCUAGAGAAACUGGAGAGGCGGCUGCUGCUAGUCGACGACGUAAGAGAAAAGCCACAGCAUCUCCAGCAUCACCCCACGACGCCGAACAAUCGCAGCCUCAGCUCAAGCGCCCGCGCACAAGAGCGGCACGGCCCCCACCAAAACCUAUCAAAAUCGCCGAAGCCUCCGUGGCCGCUGCACAGGGUGCUGAUGAUCGCAGUACGUUCUUGUCCUCCCUGCUGAAGGAUGUAGAGAACAAGCCACUAUCUGCUGGCUCGCCGGCUGCUUCAGAUCAGUAUGGUGGCCAAUGGUCACCUCGCAACUCCUCACCUGCUCGAUCGCCAUCUUCGUCUGGGCCUGGUACACCGCGCGCUCUGUCACCAAUGCCGCAGCAAGCGCCGAUCUCACCACCACUAUCAUCGACCAUCCUACCUGACUUAUCGACGCCGGCUGCGAUCUUCUCGCCAUUCUCGCCACCUGGCGCUCAAUCAAUACCGAUACAGCUUCACGAACAAUACCACCGAGGCCGCCAGCGCACACCGCAGAUGGACCGGCGAGGCAGUGAUACGUCGAUACCGGCGCGCGCAUCCUCAGGCUCGCCAUCGCGCAAUCUGUCCUUCUCAGCAAAGGAGGAGAUACAGCGCAUGGUAAAGCUCGCGCUCGCGCCAAGAUAUCGCGAGAAAGAGAUCAGCAAAGACCAAUACACUGAUAUCAACCGAGAUGUCUCGCGUCAAAUGUACGAUCUUGUUGGUGAUGCUUCCGCCCUCACGGACCAGAGGGAGAGGGAGCGAUGGCAAUGUGUUGCAGAAGAGCAGGUCAAAAUGGCUAUCUCCGAGCUUCACUUCGGGAGUGGCGAUGAUCUUGUCUGA